UGGUGGUUCCUCGGUAGGAAAAGCUCAGCUCUGCUUUUAAGUUUACUUCCUCCAUGGCUGAAGAGCAAAGCUCCCACUCAGCUCAACUGAUCCACUCUGCGCAUUGCGUUCAUCUCUUCCCCUCCUCCCUCCCCGCAGAUCCGAUUUGAGUUUUACCUGGGGAAAAAAAGAAAAGAAAAAGUAGAUCUUCACUUCUUCCCGGAGAAGAAGCAAAAAAAAUCGAAAAUUUUUCAUGGCAAAUGCGUGGAAGAGAGACAAAUCGCCGAAACUCUUCUCGGCAAGGUCCCUCCUCAUACUCUGCACCACCUCUCUUCUUCUCCUCACCCUCUUUUUCCUCCUCUCUCGCCCAUCAACCCCUACUCCCAUCUCUGAUUCGACGGCCAUCAGGGUCCAGAACCGCUUCCCCCUCAGUAAGAUCCCUCCUUUCGAUUGCUACAAAUCACCCCAAGCCCACCCCGUGAUUGCCAACCUCGUCGAAGGCCUCAAGCACCCCUUCCUCUACUCGCUGUCGGAUUUCGGGACAUGGCCCGACAAGCCCCACAAGAACAUUGUCAGGAUGCUCAAAGGUAAGCUCUUCAGGAAGCCCGACAUCUCGGUGACGAUGCAGGAGGUUUUGGAGAGGUUGCGGGGCGGAGGGAAGGAAGGGCUUGUUGUGGAUGUAGGGGCCAAUGUGGGCAUGGCUAGCUUCGCUGCGGCAGUUAUGGGGUUCAGGGUUCUGGCUUUUGAGCCUGUGUAUGAGAAUUUGCAGAGGAUUUGUGAUGGGAUUUGGCUGAAUCGAGUGGACGAAUUCGUGACGGUGUUUGAGGCUGCGGCAUCAGAUGAGCUCGGGAACAUUACCUUUCACAAGUUGGUCGGUCGCCUUGACAAUAGUGCAGUCUCAGCUGUCGGUGCAAAGCUGGCAUUCAAGUCUAAUGAAGAAAUCGAACUCCAAGUGAGAACGAUUCCUCUGGAUGAAGUGAUCCCAGAGUCAGAGAAGGUUGUAGUCAUCAAAAUUGAUGUUCAGGGCUGGGAACUUCAUGUUCUAAAGGGAGCCUCAAGGAUUCUCUCGAGAAAGGCGAGCGAAGCUCCAUACUUGAUCUAUGAAGAGGAUGAGCGCCUGCUCCAAGCAAGUAAUAGCAGUUCCAAAGAGAUUCGAGAUUUUCUUCACAGUGUAGGAUAUCACAAUUGCACUCAGCAUGGCACCGAUGCUCACUGUACCAAGAACUGAUAAUACGUCUUCAUACUUAUGAGCAUUUGUUUACACGAGAGAGUGGAUUUGGUCUCCCAAAUGGUGAUGGUGAUAGAUCAGAAUAUCCUUCAGGAAGAUGAGGCAUGUGAAUCGGCAUACCCAGAAAGUAGCAGGCUCCAACUCAGUUUGUGGAAGGCAUUUAGAGGAACAUGUGAUAGCCUACUAACACGGAAUUGAUUGUAGCUAUGGACUGCAAGAAGAUGUAUGCAGAGCGGGAUUUUGUUUAUGUCACCUGUUUGGUUUUAGUUGGGGAGUUUUUUCAGUGCAAUUCUUUUACCUCUUCGGAUAUGAGGCAAUUCGUCUUGUAACUCAGUUUAUAUGCAAUAGACAUAUUGUUCAGAUUUUUUGAGGUAAUGGAAUAAUGAGUUUGCUGGAUAGCUUGGGCCUCGAAUUAUCUGUAUAUUGUCAAGAAUUGAUUCAUU